AUGAAAUAUUUUUUAUUCAUUUUAAAUUUAGAAAAAUUAAAAGAACUAAUCAAUUAAUUUAAAAUUAUUUCAAUAUUUAUUUUUGGAGUUUUUUUACUAUAAAUUAUAAUAAUUAAAACACAAUUAUAAGUUUAAUACUAUUUGUAAUAACAAAAAUUGUAUUUUAGAUUUUUUGAUAAUUAGAAGAGUAUUUAAUCAGUAAAAAAGCUAUUUAUUAAUUUUAAUUCAUUAUUAUUAAAACUCAAUAAUAUAAAAUGGAAUAUAAGAAAUGUAUCAUAAAUUUAACCAUAUUAAUAAUGUUAUGCAAUAGUUUUGUUUAAUCUAUUGAAGAUAAUGACAUUAUUAAUAAAUAAAACAUUCAGCUCAACUAAAUUAAUGUUACUUUAAGAGAAAACGGUGAAAUAUGCUAUGAUAAUUAAUAGACUUGUAAGCAUGUUUGCUUUGAUAAUUGUUAUGAGUAUGAUGGUAGUAAUUUAAACGAUUACCUGUCUCAUUUCAAAUUUUGCUGUCGAAAAAGUAGCUGAUAGUUUAUAAAUUAUUUAAAACUAUUAGAUUGUAUAAAUACAUUUGUAAAUUUAUCUUCAAUAUUAUUAUUAGCUCUGA